AAGCUCAGGAAAUGCUCUGCCUCUUGCCCUGAAGUUUCCCAUGAAGUCGGCAUGGACGCCUGUCCUCGGCCAUCUGAAGCAGAGCCUUCCCCCAUGAUUCUUGGCCAUGUUAGCCCCGGCCACGCCUUUGAGGCCUAGGAAUGUACGCAGCAGCGCAGCACAACACAGCGAGAAUGGCCCUCCCUCCGCUAUAACAUCACCGCUUGUCGCUUGUCAUCCCUUUCCCAACCAUCACCCAGCAACCCCGACACUCUUUCACCAUGCGAUUCUCACUUGCUACACUCUUUUCACUCGCUGCAGCCACUGCUGUUGACAAGCGCCAGUCGGCCAUCAACGACGGUGUCGUCCUCAACUAUGCUCUUACCCUCGAGCACCUCGAGAAUGCCUUCUACCGCGGCGGUCUUGCCAAGUUCACCCAGGCAGACUUCCUUGCCGCUGGUUUCAGCUUGAACUUCUACGACAAUCUCAAGAAGAUUGCCUCUGACGAAGCGACGCACGUCAACUUCUUGACGGCUGCGCUCAAGUCUGCUGGCAUUGCCGCAACAGGCGAGUGCAUGUACAACUUUGGCUACAAAUCCGUCAAGGACUUUGUCUCGCUUGCCAGUGUCCUUGAAGGUGUUGGUGUAUCCGCCUACAUUGGCGCUGCCUCAUUCAUUGAUAACUCGGCCUACUUGACGGCCGCAGCUGCCAUUGUUACGGUUGAAGCACGUCACUCUUCGUUCAUUCGAAGCAACUUGGGCUUGCGUCCCUUUGCAACACCCUUCGACACACCCCUUGACUUCAACGAGGUGUACUCCCUCGCUUCGGCCUUCAUCACGUCGUGCCCGGCAACCAACCCAGCACUCCCAGUCAAGGCCUUCCCUACCUUGAUGGUGACGGCCGGUGUGCCCGCCUCUGGUUUGGACGUCACAAACGACUACAUCACCUUCAAGGCCAACAUCACAUUGCAGCCCAACACGGCUUACUACCUUCACUUCAUCAAUGGAUUGACAGUGACCCCUGUCAAGGCCUUUGUUGGUGCUAAUGGUAUCUUGAGCGCCAACAUCCCUGCCAAUGUCUUUGGUCAGGUGUAUGUUGUUGCCACUGCAUCAACGGAUGUGCCCAAUGACUCCAACAUCCUUGCUGGUCCUGCCAUCUUGGAGGUGCUCGACUGCAAGUGUUAAUUCACGCUAGGUUCAUAGAGAUGUGGGAAGGGAGCCUCUCUGUACAUUAAAGGAUACAUCAUAAUCAAACUUUGAAAGUCACACCUAGCUCAGUUCAAAACACUGUCUGCAGAGGACAUGGC